AGUGCGUGUGUUGACAGCAGGCGGAGGCCCAACAACUCAGUCGAUUCGUCCGCCUCACGAUGGUCGACCGCGGCGGGAUCGGCCUCUUCCUUAUGGCCACGUUGGUGGCCAUAGUGGAGGCAGUGCAGGAGCUGUCGACUGAGGAAUGCUUCGCUGCCGGCCUGAACAAGGCUAACCUCCUGUGCUCUUCUUGUGAUACUCUCAAGGAGUUCAACCUUGAUGUACUGGAGGCAAAUUGCCGUGGGUGUUGCAAUGUGGAUGAUGUAAAUGCCACUCCAACGAAGUACCCGCGGGCCAUCCUUGAGGUCUGUGGAUGACGACUGGGAGCGUUCCCGCAGGUCCAGGCAUUCGUUAAGAGUGACCGGCCUGCGGCUUUCCCAAAUCUUACCAUUAAGUAUGUAAGAGGUGCAGAUCCCAUCAUCAAGUUGAUGGAUGAGGAUGGUGAUGUUAUGGAAACAUUGGCAAUCGAUAAAUGGAACACCGAUUCCGUGGAGGAGUUCCUGAAUACAUAUCUUAUACUGCCAGGACAAGAUGAAGAAGCUGAAGAUUUUGAAGAAUCUAACCUUUUAUAAUGAUUUUGCUACAUAAAUAUGACCUUUAACAAUUUUGAUUAUCCAUUAAGCCAUUAUAAAGGAAAGUUCAUUAGGAAAUUUCUUACUUAGAUACCCUCUGUUUUAUAUAUAGUCAUAUUUUUUGCAUUUGUUAAAAAUUUGCAGAGAAAUCCUGGUUUUUGUAGACUUUCCUUUUCUAGAUCAAGAAUUGCCAGAACUUCCAGUAUGUUAAGGUUAAGAAGUCUGUUAAGUUGUUGUUGUGUGGGGCACCGGAGUGGAGAGUCUCCUGGGGCAUGGAUUAAGCAUGAUGAAGGGGGAACCAUAAACCCUAAGUGGAGGGUUCUUGCGGAUGGAGCUGUCUUUGUUCUGUGAGACUGUGCACUAAUGUUGCCUUGUGCAGUAACAAUAAAUUCCUUUUUGAUAUACAA